AUGCAGAAGCAUGCGCUGGUUACUGGUGUUACAGGUCAGGAUGGGGCUUACCUUGUCGAACUGCUGCUGUCCAAGGGGUAUAAGGUUUAUGGCGCCUAUCGCCGGACAAGUUCUGUAAGUUUCUGGCGAUUAGAGGAACUUGGCGUUUUUGGGCAUGAUGAUCUUCACCUCGUCGAAUUUGAUUUGACUGACCUCUCCGGGACCAUUCGUUUAAUUCAGAAUUGCGCCCCGGACGAGGUGUAUAACCUGGCGGCUCAAAGCUUCGUAGGUGUUUCCUUCGAUCAGCCUAUUACAACCGCGCAGAUUACGGGUGUCGGUGCGCUUAAUUUGCUGGAAGCGAUCCGAAUAGUAAAUCCGAAGAUUCGCUUCUAUCAAGCUUCGACAUCUGAAAUGUUUGGAUUGGUACAGGCUGUUCCUCAAUCUGAAAGCACACCCUUCUACCCACGUAGUCCUUACGGCGUUGCGAAGUUGUUUGCGCAUUGGACAACCAUUAAUUAUCGCGAGUCAUAUGGCAUUUUUGCCACCAGCGGCAUUCUGUUCAAUCAUGAGUCUCCGCUGCGAGGUAAAGAGUUUGUUACUCGGAAAAUUACCGAUGCUGUAGCCAGUAUCGAAAUGGGCGAGCAGCAAGUCUUGGAACUUGGAAACAUGGAUGCCAAACGAGACUGGGGUUUUGCUAAAGAGUAUGUAGAUGGCAUGCACCGGAUGUUGCAAAUCGACACGCCGGAAACAUUUGUGCUGGCCACAAAUCGCACGGAAACUGUUCGUGAUUUUGUUGCCAUGAGCUUCAAAGCUGUAGGCGUUGAUAUUGAUUGGUCCGGAAGUGGCGAGAAUGAAUUCGGCGUUGAUCGUCGGACCGGCGUCACCCGGGUAAAAGUUAAUCCACGCUUCUAUCGACCUGCGGAAGUAGAAUUGUUGAUUGGCGAUGCGUCCUUUGCAAAAGAGCGGUUAGGCUGGGAACCAGAAACGACGCUGGAGCAACUGUGCCAGUUGAUGGUUGAAGCUGACUUGAGAAGGGUUCGCAAUGGCACUUCAAAG